UACUGAAACUGGAACUACAAGCAAGGGUGGGGUGGUUCUAAAAACUUAUCGUUGUGCCAGAGGCUCCACAUCCCUGGAAUCAUUUCACUGCCACCUAAACAGAUUUAUUCCAGGGAACAGCGCAAACAGCCUGAACUUCCAGAUUUAUCUCCUGGAAGGUUUAUUACGCUGGAAUCAGGACCGGGCUGAAGCUGCUGUUGCAGAUGGAGGUUCAACUCUGCGCUCUUACACAGGGGAGCUGGUUUACUCUGUCAAUGAGAACUACAAUAAGUUGUAUGGCAGGAAAUUGGUCCCUAGCUUCACUCCACCUGCAGUAUACACAGGGGAGCUCAUUGGAGUACAGUACUUGUUGAGGCAGAAUAGUCAGCCCCUGGAGGACAUGUGCCCUACCUCUGAUAGGACCUCUCAAUUGCUGGAGGAGAUAGAUGUGGAGGAGCAAGUGGAAAAGGAUGAGGGUUUCAUUGAUUUCUUUGGAGAGGAAGCCACAGUGGCAAAUCUUGUGGCAUCAGAUGACUUAGUCCUUUCAGGUCCACCAGUUCUACCAGCUGCACCAGUUCCCAGUGUCCAGGCUCCUACAGCUGCACCACUGCCCAGUGUCAAAAUUCCACCACUGCCCAUUGUCCAGACUCCACCACUGCCCAGUGUCCAGACUCCACCAUUGCCCAGUGUCCAGACUCCACCACUGCCCAGUGUCCAGACUCCACCAUUGCCCAGUGUCCAGACUCCACCACUGCCCAGUGUCCAGACUCCACCACUGCCCAGUGUCCAGACUCCACCACUGCCCAGUGUCCAGGCUCCACCACUGCUCAGAGUCCGGGCUCCUUCAACUGCACCAGUGCCCAGUGUAGCUGCAUCACUGCUCAGUGUCCAGGCUCCACCAUUGUUCAGAGUCCGGGCUCCUUCAGCUGCACCAGUGCCCAGUGUCCAGGCUCCACCACUGCUCAGAGUCCGGGCUCCUUCAGCUGCACCAGUGCCCAGUGUAGCUGCACCACUGCCCAGUGUCCAGACUCCACCACUGCCCAGUGUCCAGGCUCCACCACUGCUCAGAGUCCGGGCUCCUUCAGCUGCACCAGUGCCCAGUGUAGCUGCACCACUGCCCAGUGUCCAGACUCCACCACUGCCCAGUGUCCAGGCUCCACCACUGCUCAGAGUCCGGGCUCCUUCAGCUGCACCAGUGCCCAGUGUAGCUGCAUCACUGCUCAGUGUCCAGGCUCCACCACUGCUCAGAGUCCGGGCUCCUUCAGCUGCACCAGUGCCCAGUGUAGCUGCACCACUGCCCAGUGUCCAGACUCCACCACUGCCCAGUGUCCAGGCUCCACCACUGCUCAGAGUCCGAGCUCCUUCAGCUGCACCAGUGCCCAGUGUAGCUGCACCACUGCCCAGUGUCCAGGCUCCACCACUGCCCAGUGUCCAGGCUCCACCACUGCUCAGAGUCCGGGCUCCUUCAGCUGCACCAGUGCCCAGUGUAGCUGCAUCACUGCUCAGUGUCCAGGCUCCACCACUGCUCAGAGUCCGGGCUCCUUCAGCUGCACCAGUACCCAGUGUCCAGGAUCCUUUAGAUACACCAGUGCCCUCAGCAAUGGCUGUUGACGAACACUGCAUUCCUGGAAUGGACCGGGUGGAUGCGUUGGCAGAGUGUCUGGUGGAGCUGCGCACACAGACAAGCCUCACACUUACCAACCAACAAGUUGCGACCAUUGUGGGUCUGUGGCAGAACCUGGACAAAUUUGAUAAAGACAGGGUGGUGUAUGCUGCUCGUCAUCAAGACAGGCUACUUACAGGACGUUUUAGGUCCCCAAAAAAGAAAGCUGUCUUCACUCCUGGUGUCGACAGCACAAAAAGGUGUGUUUUGGGUUCUAGCGGCUCUCCAGCACAGUGGCCUAAUUGCUGUCGCCUUGUUGAAAUGAUUUUCAUAAGGUUAUGUAACAUCCACCGAAGCCCCAAGAAACAGCGGACAGAAUCUCUGUCUAGAUGGGAUCUCAUUCUUCGUGAUUACAGAAAAAUUCGGCAGCUAAUCCUGAGCAAUGGAACGGUGAUGAAUGACACAACCCUUCAGCUAGUUGAGGUAAAUCAGAGGACCCUUACGACAUGGCACAAUAACCGUUUAAAGGGUCAGGAGGUCUCCUUGCUGUUGCAAGGGCUGGACCUUCCAGAGGCACGUCCAGUGGCUUUGGAUGUUUUGCCUCCAGCACGAGUACAGCCUGUUGUGCCUCCACAAUAUAGCCACCAGUUGCAUACCUACCAGAUGCCACCAGACACAGCUGGACAGGCAAAGACAAAGUUUAGAAAGAUUGCGCCCUCAGCUACCUGUACAUCUGCCACAGCAACUUCAAUCUGGCCAUCAGCUGUACACCCUCAGCGUUCAGCCACGUCCAGCCAGCUAAGGACAAUUUGUCCCAGGCCGACAGCACCACACCCAUUGGUUCCUGACACACCCACUGCCCCUGUUGUGUCUCAGAUGUUUCUGGUGCCCUGCCCAGCCCCAUUUUCCACCAUUAACCCUGGAGCAAUUUCCUCUGAGCCACCUGCAAAUGACACAGCCACUCCAACCAAACGAUCGUACAAUCGCACUGUAAAAGCAAAUUCGUGCAGAAAGUGUGGCCAAUUUCGUACUCAAGAAACUGGCCAUAGCCAGUACAAAGGCAAAAUAUAUUGCCCUAAUAAAGAAACAAUUACGAAGGAGCAGUGGUUACAGAUUAUGAGAAGAUAACUCAUUUAUUUAUGUGUGAUACAUUCAUUUUGUUCUCUUGGUUGGAUCUGUUCUGUUUUUUAUCUUCCAGCCAUAUUUAAUGUUAAAGAGUUAUACUGUGCACUUUUUUUUAUCUUGUAUUAUUAUUAUUAUUAUUAUUAUUAUUAUAAACAUGUGGGUAUGUAUGUGAA